AUGCCCCACGUUGAAUACUCCAACCAGGACGUUGAGCUACUGUCCAAAUGGAGUGUACGCACCCUGGAGCUCUUUUUGCAGGUGCGCAACCUCCACAUUCCCGAAGACGCCUCAUAUGUGGAGAUUCUCGAUAUGGCCACGUCGGCGGCCUCGGUGCCCAUCCGCGUCGUUAGUCUUACCCGAACCAUCUUUGACAGAAUGACCCAUUUGCAGCUCAUUUCGUGGCUCGAGAGUCGGGACUACGUGGUGCUCCCCAAGGCUAAGCCCAUGUUUACAUCGCCACCUGGAGCGUGCUACACACAGAGACAGGAGCUGCUCAAAUUUGCCAAGACGGAUUACGUGGACAACAUUGCGCAUUUGGACAGUGAGGCCAAGUACGAGCUGGAGACCAAACUGGCAGACAUCUUCUCCACCAGCUACGCCUUCACUGUCACGUCUGACGUUGAGCAGCCACCAUCCAUGGGUUCCUAUGGUACGCUUCACAGAAACCACUACCAGGACGAAGACCUGGAGAUGAUUUGGCAGCAUUUCUUUGGAGAUCAGCUCCAAACCACCCCCAAGAGUCGGGAAGAACGGGCCAUCAUCAUCCAGCACUGCAUCCGGGUCUUUGCACAGGGUCCCCGAAGAUUGCUCAACUUGUAG